UAGAGAGCCAGUGGUAAGCUUACAUGUUUCUUCUACCCUAGCACCUCCCUGUCAGUGGUGGUCAAGUCAGGUUCUGCUGUUAAUACUGUAUGAUCUUGGGUAAGCCAUUUCUUCUCUCUGGAUUCCAUUUUCUUCCACUUUAAGAUGAGAGGGUUGGUAUAGUUAGGCAUUUCUUACUGGUAGUCUCUUAGUAACGGGAGAAAAAGGAGAAAGUGACCAAACAAGUUUGGGAACAAGGAGUUAAAUAGAUUUUUUAAAUUACAACUUUCCACAUUAUGGCAUGUGGAUUGAAUUCCUAUACUUUUUAGCCUGGCCUUGCUAGUGGAGUGAGUCAAUAUUAUGUUUCCAGCUCUGUCCUUUUCCUAAAACUUUAGUGAAAAGAGCGUGGACUUUAGAAUCAUACAUACCUGGAUUUGAAUCCUGACUGCUACUUUGUAGCUAUGUGGCCUUAGAAAACAAAUGUUCUUGAAGCCUCAUCGUUACGUUUUGCCAUCUGCAUAGCAGUCAGCACUCUCCUGAUGACUCAGGAGGCUCUUGAUGAAUGAAUACCUGACAGUUGCAUUGAAACAGGGCAAUGAGCAAAUGGUUAUGAGCCUUAGAGUUUCUGAACUCCAAGUACUGUUGGGCUACGCUGGGAGAAACAAGCACGGACGCAAACACGAACUUCUCACAAAAGCCCUGCAUUUGCUAAAGGCUGGCUGCAGUCCUGCUGUACAAAUGAAAAUUAAAGAACUCUAUAGGCGGAGGUUCCCCCAGAAAAUCAUGACGCCUGCGGACUUGUCCAUCCCCAAUGUUCAUUCAAGUCCUAUGCCAGCAACUUUGUCUCCAUCUACCAUUCCACAACUCUCUUACGAUGGUCACCCUGCAUCAUCACCGUUACUCCCUGUUUCUCUUCUGGGACCUAAACAUGAACUGGAACUCCCACAUCUUACAUCAGCUCUUCACCCAGUCCAUCCGGAUAUAAAACUUCAAAAAUUACCAUUUUAUGAUUUACUGGAUGAACUGAUAAAACCCACCAGUCUAGCAUCAGACAACAGUCAGCGCUUUCGAGAAACCUGUUUUGCAUUUGCAUUGACACCACAACAAGUGCAGCAGAUCAGUAGUUCCAUGGAUAUUUCUGGGACCAAAUGUGACUUCACAGUGCAGGUCCAGUUAAGGUUUUGUUUAUCAGAAACCAGUUGUCCACAAGAAGAUCACUUCCCACCCAAUCUUUGUGUGAAAGUGAAUACAAAACCUUGCAGCCUUCCGGGUUAUCUUCCACCUACAAAAAAUGGUGUGGAACCAAAGCGACCCAGCCGACCAAUCAAUAUCACCUCACUUGUCCGAUUGUCCACAACAGUACCAAACACCAUUGUUGUUUCUUGGACUGCAGAAAUUGGAAGAAACUAUUCCAUGGCAGUGUAUCUUGUAAAACAGUUGUCCUCAACAGUACUUCUUCAGAGGUUACGAGCAAAGGGAAUAAGGAAUCCGGAUCAUUCUAGAGCUUUAAUUAAAGAGAAAUUGACCGCGGAUCCAGACAGUGAAAUAGCUACAACCAGCCUAAGGGUUUCUCUCCUAUGUCCACUUGGUAAAAUGCGGCUGACAAUUCCAUGCCGGGCCCUGACAUGUUCUCAUCUGCAGUGUUUUGAUGCAACUCUCUAUAUUCAGAUGAAUGAGAAAAAACCAACCUGGGUUUGUCCUGUCUGUGAUAAGAAGGCCCCAUAUGAGCACCUUAUCAUUGAUGGCUUGUUUAUGGAAAUCCUAAAGUACUGUACAGACUGCGAUGAGAUACAGUUUAAGGAGGAUGGCUCUUGGGCACCUAUGAGAUCAAAAAAGGAAGUACAGGAAGUCUCUGCCUCUUACAAUGGAGUUGAUGGAUGCUUGAGCUCCACAUUGGAGCAUCAGGUGACUUCUCACCACCAGUCCUCAAAUAAAAAUAAGAAAGUAGAGGUGAUUGACUUAACCAUAGACAGUUCAUCUGAUGAAGAGGAGGAGGAGCCAUCUGCCAAGAGGACCUGUCCUUCCCUGUCUCCCACAUCACCACUAAAUAAUAAAGGCAUAUUAAGUCUUCCACAUCAAGCGUCUCCAGUGUCCCGCACCCCAAGCCUCCCUGCUGUAGACACAAGCUACAUUAAUACAUCCCUCAUCCAAGACUACAGGCAUCCUUUCCACAUGACACCCAUGCCUUAUGACCUACAAGGAUUAGAUUUCUUUCCUUUCUUAUCAGGAGACAAUCAGCAUUAUAACACGUCCCUCCUGGCUGCCGCCGCCGCAGCAGUGUCAGAUGAUCAAGACCUCUUACACUCGUCUCGGUUUUUCCCGUAUACCUCCUCGCAGAUGUUUCUCGAUCAGUUAAGUGCAGGAGGCAGUACUUCUCUGCCAACCACCAAUGGAAGCAGUAGUGGCAGUAACAGCAGCCUCGUGUCCUCCAACAGCCUGCGGGAGAGCCAUAGCCACACCGUUGCAAACAGGAGCAGCACGGACACAGCAUCCAUCUUCGGCAUCAUACCAGACAUUAUUUCAUUGGACUGAUUCCCUUGCCCCUGCUGCUCCUGCCCCCACCCCAGAUUAAAUGAACUUGGCAGAAAGAAGAGAACUUUGUGCUAUGUUUUACCUUAUUCUGUUUAGAAAAGUACACAAGCGUGUUUUUUUCCUUUUUUUAGGGAAAAAAUUAAAAGAAAUGUACAGAGAACAAAACUAUAUUUUCAGUUUUACUUUUGUAUAUAAAUCUAAGACUGCCUGUCUGAUAAAACACUUGUAAAAAACAAAAAAAAAAAAACCAAAAAAAC